AUGGCUCCAGCUCUCACUGAGACCGUGGGUCUUCGCGCCCCGACCUUUACGGUUCCCCUGAAGACAAACUCGGGGCAGAACAAGGAGAACUUGAUAGGAUACAAGUACGAGAAGGAGACAGAGUUGAAAGGCACAGACAAGGUGGCGCCGGCUUCAUUUCCUCACUAUCUGCCUGUUUGGGAUAACGAGACUGAACGUUAUCCUCCUUUGGAAUACUUUGAGCACUACGACCAUGGCAAAGAUGCCGAUCCGACCUUCCCUGACCUGUUCCCGACAGGCCAGGCAAAAAUCGAUGAUAUUACACCCUUCAUCGGCUCGGAAGUUCACGGGGUUCAGUUGAGCAAGCUAUCAAAAGCAGGCAAAGACCAGCUAGCUCUUUACGUUGCUCAACGACGAGUUGUCGUGUUCCGUGACCAAGACUUCGCCUCCCUCCCCAUUCAAGACGCUGUCGACUACGCGGGCUACUUCGGCCGCCACCACAUCCACCAAACCUCCGGCGCCCCAAAAGGAUUCCCCGAAAUCCACCUCGUCUUCCGAGGAGCAGACGAUCACACUGGUGCCAACUUCCUCGAACAGCGGACGAACACCAUCACCUGGCACUCAGAUGUCACUUUCGAGAAGCAGCCCCCGGGCACGACCUUCCUCUAUGUCCUCGACGGCCCAUCCACUGGUGGAGACACCCUAUUUGGCGACAUGGUACAGGCAUACAAGCGCCUGUCACCUGAGUUUCGUAAGCGUCUUCACGGUCUCAAGGCCGUGCACUCCGGUAUCGAUCAAGUGAAUGCGAGCUUGAACGGUGGUGGUAUCGCGCGUCGCGAUCCUAUCACAUCCGAGCACCCGAUCGUCCGCACUCAUCCUGUGACGGGCGAGAAGGCUCUUUAUGUGAACCCGCAGUUCACACGCUACAUUGUCGGAUACAAGAAAGAGGAGUCCGAUUUCCUGCUCAAGUUUUUGUUCGAUCAUAUCGCGUUGUCGCAAGACCUUCAAACUCGGAUUCGCUGGAAGGCUGGGACUGUGGUUGUUUGGGAUAACCGGUUGGCUUGUCACUCGGCUGUCUUUGAUUGGGAGGAUGGCCAGAGACGUCAUAUUGCGAGACUUACGCCUCAAGCGGAGCCUCCUUUUGAGACUCCAUUCGAGGGUUGA